AUGUCAAAAGCCCCGAGCGUCACCAGUGAUGCAGCGAAGACGAAACAUCAUAUUAAACAGACGUAUGGCCCCCGAAAUCAUCACCUUGCUGAAGGACAAGGUGUCGGGCAAAUACCUCCAUUAGACUUGACAGAGGAGCAGACCUGGCAGGGUCAUUCUAAAUACCAAUCAGAGAUAUCAGCUGGAGCAAAUAUUCUCCCACAUCCAAGAAAAUUCGUGCCCCAACUCAUGGAAACCGGCAAACGCUCAGUCCGUGGUAGGCCAGCUCCACACAACACUCGCGUCUGUUUAUCGGGCGCGCAGUCUAAAAGCGGUGAAUAUAUCAGUAUAACCAGUGAUUCCUCUAGUUGUACUGGUGUUUAUGAAGCCCAUGAAUCACCUUUCUCAUAUUCUAGUCUCCAACGACGUUACGCGAGCCAAAAACGUUCGUUUCAAGUUCCAGACCUCCCCGCUAUUCCAUCAAGCAAUAGCGAAUCAUCUGAUGUGGCAGAACCGCGAAGUCCGCAAUUGCCAGCUCCUUCGUUAGCAGCUCCACAAGAACUCAUAACAUUACCGAAGCUUGGACGAAUCCAUCGGGAGAGCUGUGAUGAGGAAUUUUCGGGAUAUCUGCUGUCUCUUGCUGCACGCCCAGCGGAAAAGCAGCUGAAAGAACAGGCAUUGGCCGCAUUUCCAAAUGAACAGGUCUACGAACCCGUAGAUCACUUUUCUGUUGAUCUGGAAGAAGAGGAGUGCUCUAGUAAUAAUGAGCCAUUUCUUCCUGAGCGUGAAACUAUACUUAACCCACACUCUGGUUCAUCGAUGGACCUCCCUUGGGGAGUAGGGUGCAUGCGUUUGCAUGGUGGGGAAGGACAGAUGAGAGACCGCUCUAUGGCUUGUAUUAAAGACCACCCUUUUCCUCAGCCGGCUCUGUUAGACUCUCAAAGUCCAACUGGUUAUAAAUAUUCAUCUAAUGUUGAAGGAUGCUGCAACUUGAUACAAGAAAGAGAAACUAGAAGCCCGCCUAUGCUUGGAGCUGAUCUUAUUUUCCCUCAAAGCUUGUCCCCAGAAACCACAAUAUGUGAAAGUGGUAAUUUAGCACGACCUACCCACAACUCUCCACAGUCCGGUCUUUGGUAUGCUUUACAGCACUUUGACAACAACACAGAUGGUGGCCUUUGGAUGGGAACUUGCAAGGUUGAUAAACAUUCUCAGGCAGCGCAACCGCGUCCACCUGCUGCUGUGUUGACAUCAAUGAAUGAUAUUCAACUUGAUACCUUGGUAUGUCCGGAGAAGGCAUCAACAACAACCCCAGGAACCAAUGCUUCUGGCAACCCGUACGCGAAUUUAAAAGGGGUUGAUAAUACAAAAUGUUUGGAUCGUGCCAUGGACAAUGCUAAUCUCGAGGCUUGUGAUGAAUUUGUUACUCAAAUAUACAACUACUUAUCAUUAGGCUAUCCUUGUGUUGCUCGUUAUUUUGAUCAUGAGCUUAGCAGGGUCUCAGGUAUUCCUAUACUGGAACUUAGGCGAGAUGACCUAGUAACUGAUGCCAAAGGAUAUGUCACUGCCAAAGAAGGCAUUAAAACAGGACAAGAAGAGAGAAGAGAGAGCUGCAUUCGCUGGCAUGCAUUACACUUGUACAUACGUGAGUGGGGUAAACAAUACCCAUAUAUACCUGAAAAGGAUGGCAAUUGUGAGGAAUGGGGCGUGCUUGAACGAAAGGGUAGUUGGGCAGGUUGA